ACUAGGACAACCAAAAUGUCAAAUGAAGUUAACACCGAUUUGUUGAGAGAAAGAUCUACAGCUACGUUUGAUGCUGAAAGGUUAACAGAAUUCAUUUAUAAGGGACCAGACAAAGUUAAGCGAAAACGUCAAAUACAAAACUUAGUCCUCCAAGACAAGUUUUUACAAAGUUUUAAGCCAUCAGAAUUUUACGACAGAGAUGCUCAAUAUAACAAUGCUGUGCGACGUCAGAUCUAUAUUAUGGAUAGAAUGGAAGAACUGGGAUUAAAAUCAGAAACUGACAGACAAAAGUUUAGAGAGGUUGCAGCACCUGUUGAAUUGAGUCCAUUUGGUUUACAUUCUGGUAUGUUUGUUCCUACACUGGAAAGACAGGGUACCCCAGAACAGUGCAGGAAAUGGGUUCCAUUAGGGAAAAGUUUCAAGAUGAUUGGCACUUAUGCUCAGACAGAACUAGGACAUGGAACUUUCAUCAGAGGUUUAGAGACGACAGCAACCUUUGACCCUGAAACACAAGAGUUCAUACUAGACAGUCCUACUCUUAGCUCUAUCAAGUAUUGGCCUGGAAAUGUGGCAAAAACAGUAAACCAUUGUUUGGUCAUGGCACAGCUAUAUACACAGGGAAAAUGUCAUGGAACUCAUUUGUUUCUGGUACAAGUUAGAAAUAUGGAGGACCAUACAAUAAUGCCUGGUCUAGAAAUUGGGGAUAUUGGACCAAAGUUUGGUUUUGAUGGUGUAGACAAUGGUUUUAUAAGGUUCAAUAAAUACAGAAUUCCCAGAAUGAAUAUGUUAAUGAGAUAUGCUAAGGUGCUAGAAAAUGGUGACUAUAUAAAACCAAAGAAUGCUAAGUUGACAUAUGGUGCUAUGGUGAUGGUUAGAGUUAUGAUUGUUAUGGAUGCCUUCAAAACUUUGUCCAAGGCCACGGUUAUUGCUAUAAGAUAUAGUGCAGUCAGACGACAAAGUGAACUCCGACCAGGAGGAGAGGAGGCACAAGUGAUGGAUUACCAGACACAGCAGUAUAAGUUAUUCCCCUUGUUAGCUACUUCCUAUGCAUUUCUAUUGGCUGCUGAAGGGAUGAGUCACAUUUAUGCCAAAAUUAGUAGUGACAUUGAAAGAGGAAAUCUUGAGGACAUGCCACAGCUCCAUGCUCUUGCAUGUGGACUGAAAGCAUUCUGUACAUGGGUUGGCUGUGAAGGAAUAGAGGUGUGCCGAAUGAGUUGUGGUGGUCAUGGUUACUCACACGCUAGUGGUAUUCCCAAGAUUUAUGCUAAUAUUGUUGGAUCUUGUACAUAUGAAGGAGAAAAUACUGUGAUGAUGCUGCAGACUGCCAGAUAUCUAUCAAAGUGCUACUUCCGAGGUCAGAGAGGGGAAUCUUUACCAGAACUUAUACAGUAUCUGACUACAGAUCUAAAUGUCAAAUCAACGCUUGGUGAAGACUGUUCAUUUGAAAGUUUAGUAGCAGCCUACUCCCACAGAGCAGCAAGGAUGGUAGCAGCAGCCUGCAGAUUACAACAGACAAACCAACAAAAAGGAAUGGCAAGUCAUGAUGCUUGGAAUAAAUCUACUGUGCCAUUUAUUGCUGCUACCAAGGCUCACUGCCAUUUGUUUAUAGUUAGGAAUUUUGUCACCAUUUUAUCACAGAGGAAGGUAGAUCCUGCCACACACAAUGUGUUGUCACAACUGUGUACACUGUAUGCAGUGUAUGGUAUUGUGGAAAAUAUGGGAGAAUUUAUGCAGGAUGGUUACUUUAAUCAAGACCAAGUUAGCAUCUUAAACAGGAAGGUGCUGGCCCUGUUAGAGGAUAUAAGACCAAAUGCUGUGGCCCUGGUAGAUGCAUUUGAUUAUCCUGACCAUUUGCUACAAAGUUGUUUGGGUCGGUAUGAUGGACAGGUGUAUGAAGCUCUGUAUGAAUAUUCCAAAUCAUCUCCUUUGAACAAUACGGAUAUCCAUAGUUCAUACUACAACUACAUCCGACCUAUGAUGCAAAAGAGGUCAGAAUCUAAGAACAUCAGUGCCAAAUUAUAAUGAGAGUAAAAUAUAGAGCAAAACAAUCAAGAGAUUUACUAACUAGUUUGAUAUAAAUGUUAUACGAAAACAUGGCCAGUAUUUUGUUAUUUUAGAAAUCAGAUACACAAGUUGUCACAUCAUAACUACCGAUAUAGAUAUAAAAAAAACUUUUAAAGUCAAUUUGUCCAAAUUUGAUAUAGCAAUAAUCUUCAUAGAUUCUAAUUCAAUUUUUUGUUAUUGAUGGAUCUGAUUUGAUAACUGGCAGUGAAUAAUUCUCAACUACCUAUCGGAACCUAUGGAAAUCAGCCAUUUUGAAUUUUGAACAAUGCUUUGGGAAUGAAAUAUUUUAUGCCAAAAUGAUGACUGAAAUACAAUGUUUUGUUUAUUUUGCAUUAUAACUGAGAUCACUGUAAUCUAUUUUAAGCUUCGCGUAGUAAAACUUGGUUUAGUGUCGCAAAUAUCAGUUUGCUUAGCUCUGCUUCCUUUUGCUAGGUUAACUCAAUUUGCAACAGAAAAACCUAUGUUUUACAUACUCUAAGCUUAAUAUUCAAUAAACUUAUCUCCUGCGAUUUUUUAGAAAUUAUUUUUAUUAGUGGAAACCACUUGGUUGAUAUGGGAUGGGAUAUGAAAACCUUUUCUUCUUUAACAUAUUGUGGAUUCAUGACUAUUAGUGGGAUGCCGAUUUUUGGCUUUAUUUGAAUAUAAAUGAUUAACUAAAUAUAAGUUUAAGUUACUUUGAUAAGUGCAAAUGAUGAAACAAUGCUAGGAAUGAAGUACCCUCUGAAUAGCAAUUAUUUUCAAACAUUGAAAAAAAUGAUACUAGAUACUAGCAAAAAUAAUUGAAUCCACAGUAGAAUCAUGUGCAAAACAGUCUAGCCGAGA